AUGGCUCUCGACAAGAUGGUAAACCUGACUGCAGUACCUCAGGAUCCUGAUGCGACCACGUCUACCGUCUUCUCAGCCGAACUAUCAACUAUCAACUCUCAAUUGAUUAAUCAUGGAUGGACCAAACGCCCCUUGGAUCUAUCUGCGUUAAGUGCGAAAGAUCAUAACGAGGUGGUAUCGGUGUUAUUCGAAUUACUAGGAUCAAGCGUGUCCAACGUAAAUAAUCUCGAAGCUAUGGCCACACGUCAUCGAACAUUACAAUACGAAUAUGAAAGAAUCCAAAAAUCCAAUAAUAACUUCAAAAUCACGAAUGUGAAAUUACAGCAGGAGACUAACGGGUGGAAAGUACGUUGUGCAGAGGUGGAGAAGAGGUUGACUCUCGAAGAAGCUAAGGCGAAAGAGCUAAGAGAGGAAGUACAGAGGGGUAGGAAGGCUUUGGAAGGUGUCAGGGUCGCUGCUCAGCACGAUUCCAAGAAAGUGCAAAUGAAGUUAGACAAAGCCCUUUCGCAACUAUCCAAGCAGAGCGAAUCACAGUCACAACAGAGAUCGUCCGGGUUGGUUCUACUCAAUCCUAUACCGGCCGGUAGGAUUCAACCUGUAGCUUCAACUGUUUCUCCUUUACUCGAGCAGACACUGAAGGAUAUAACAGAUAUAAGAGAGAGUCUACAAGAAGAGACAGAAGCGUUCAGGACAGUUGUAGUAUCUACCGGAAAUGCUCUGAGGGAAGCAAUAGCAGCAUCGCAAGGUAAAGAGCCCCCGGCAAGAUUGAUGCAAUCUCAAUUUUUCACCCUCAACACCUCCCAACUACGUCAAUCUCAUCUCAGUCAAACAUCAGCAUCUACAUUCCAAUCUUCCUCUUCAACAUCUCAUCCAUCUAUCGCCAACACAAGAUUACAAUCUCUCAUCUCAGAGAUACGUACCAAGCUGCUGGAUAACGCUCCUCCCCCUCCUCCCGUAAUGAUUGAUGGGGUGUAUGCACCCGGUCCAGAAGAGGUGGAAGAGCAGAAGAGGAUAGAGAGGGAAAGAGAGAGGAUCAGGGGGAACUUGGAAGAUAGGAUUAAAGAUCUGGAAGUGGAAUUGGUCUGUGCCAAGAGGCAGGAAGAGGAAUCUAGGAGGGUAGUAGAUGAGAUGGCAAGGAAAGAAUUAGAAGCUGCUACGGCAAAAGGCGAUAUGGAGGGUAUAUUAGCGAAACAAUUGGAUUUGAUGGAGAUUGAACGUAAAGCCAUGAAGGAUGGUAAAGAGAGGUUGGAGAAGGAGAGAAAGCAGCUGGAGAUCGACAAACAAACGUUCAUCGAAGAGAGAAGACGAUCCGAAAUGGAUGCUGUAUUAUCUAUGCUCCCACCUUCUAUCCCUUCGUCGACAAAUCAAUCACCUGCAAACGCAGAAGAGGAAAGAGAAGAGGAUGUUCAGAUAGCCAUACCUUCUUCACCUGGUCCAUCUACCUAUCAUGCCCACAUCCCAUCUUCACCUUCACCCCUCUCACCACUUGUUCACGGUAAAAUCCGCACACCGAAACCCAAGAAUCAUCAUACAGUGACGAACCGACGUAAAUCCCUAAAAACAAAAACGCCUUUAUCGAGAUUAGUACUUGAGAAAGCUGUGAGGCAGAAACAAGCUUCUUCUGCCACUGAUGAUAUAGGAUCGAGUGUAUUGGGAGUAGAAAGAGGACGAAAGACCAACCUUGUUGGUUCGUCUAGUCAGAUUGGAAGGACUAUGUCACCUUCUAGGAAAGGGAAAGAACGGUCUACCUCUUCUCAAGGCGUCGGACAGGGACGAAGCUUGGGAUUGGGUAAUCCACCGAAAAUCCUUUCAGGAGGAAAUAAAGCUAGAUCAAGUUCAGGAAGUUCAACUUCUACUUCCUCCACAUCGUCGAAUAAAGGAGCAUCGUCCGCAUUUAAAAGGUCCUCUGGACCGAUAGGGGGAGGAGCGGGAGCACUGAGAAGUUCAACCGGUAGUACUGCUCCAGCUAGGAAAGUCAAUUUAAACAAAGUUGGUGGGAUAGGUCCGAUGGCAGCCAAGAAAGCCAAAGGUGUAUGGAGAUAA